AAUGUGUACGCUAACUUUUAAAUGAAUUUCACUUACUUCGAGAGAUUAAUAUUGUCACAGGGAUGCCUUGAUUUAGAGUGAGGAAUGAAUGUCUUGACUUAUUCAAAAAUUGAUAUGCUGGAGCUUGGAUUCAAACUUGAAACUCCUCACUUCUUAUCAUUUUGUGUGUGUGAAUUUCACCGCUAAAUUCUUCGGAACAAAGAAAAUGUGCGAUAAUUUUGGAAAGAGGUCCAAUAUAAUUUUGAAAAUUUAAUACAAUAAUUAUUUUUGUUUUUUGCAUUUAUUAAAAAUGUCUUACAUAUUUAUUGAGAUGAAGCAGUUAAAGUAUAAUAUUUUUUUUUAUUUACAAUGAAGCUGAAGAUCGAACCAACGACCUCUAACAUAUUAUUCAAACUCUACAUCAUUAAACCAAAUAUAGUGGCUUAAGUAUAUUUUAAAUCUUGCAUAAAAUUAGCAGUAUUAAGUAUAAUUUUAAUGCUCAAUCAAAAUAUGCAAUGCACAAAAAAGAAAAAACGCCUAUAUAGACAAUAUUCAUCAAAAUAUAUAUAUCUCCAAUAUUUCUGCCAAAAAAGUAGUCUAAUAUAUUACAGAAAAACCUAUACAACAUGCCUAUAAAAUCUUGUCGUUUAAUCACAUACUAACAAAACCAUACUAUAGAGAUGAGGUUAAGCAUUGGUUAGAGAUUCUUGUAACUUUAUAAAUAUCAUCACAUUAUUAUCAAAUUGUAUUUUGUCUAUAUACUAUGUCAAUGAACAUCAUUAUUUCCACAACAUGCUUGUUCCUUCUCAUCCUUCUUCUUCCAUUGGCCUCAUGCACAAAAAAUAACCAGGUUUAUUUAAUUGAGUUUGGACAACACAUUAAUGGAGAGAAAACAUUGCAUGAAAUAGAGAAUACACAUCACUCUUAUUUGCUUUUGGUAAAAGAAACAGAGGAAGAAGCAAGAGCUUCUCUUCUUUAUAGUUACAAACAUACUUUCAAUGGCUUUGCAGCUUUGCUUACACCAAAUGAAGCCAAUAAUCUCUCAGGAAUGGAAGGGGUAGUGUCUGUGACUAAGAGCCAAAUAAAGAGCUAUUCAUUGCAUACCACAAGGUCAUGGAAAUUUGUGGGGUUAGAUGGGCCAUUAGAUCCUUUUGAAGAAAAAUCCAAUGAGACAAAUAGUGAUUUGUUAGCCAAAGCAAAGUAUGGUCAAGAUAUUAUAGUAGGAAUGAUUGAUAAUGGUGUAUGGCCAGAUUCAAAGAGUUUCAGUGAUGAAGGUAUGGGUCCUGUUCCACAGAAAUGGAAAGGAGUGUGCCAAAAUGGAACUGAUUUUGGUUCAUCUAAAUGCAAUAGAAAGAUAAUAGGAGCAAGGUACUACUUGCAAGGUUAUGAAAGUCUCUAUGGCCCUUUAAACGAACAAGAGGAUUACAAAUCAGCCCGCGACAAAGAUGGACACGGAACACAUACAGCUUCAAUAGUAGCAGGGCGAGCAGUUCAGAAUGCCUCAGCACUCGGAGGCUUCGCCAGAGGCACAGCCAUUGGCGGAGCCCCGUUAGCUCGCCUUGCCAUAUACAAAGCAUGUUGGCCAAUUAAAGGAAAAUCUAAAAGCGAUGGAAAUGUUUGCGCAAACAUUGACAUGCUUAAAGCUAUAGAUGAUGCAAUUGAAGAUGGUGUUGAUGUUAUAAACCUUUCCAUUGGAUACCAUAAUCCAUUGAAAUAUGAAGAUGAUGUGAUUGCUAGGGGUGCAUUACAAGCUAUAAGGAAUAACAUUGUUGUGGUUUGUAGUGCUGGAAAUUCUGGUCCUGUUGCUUCUAGUUUGUCAAAUCCUGCUCCUUGGAUCAUCACUGUUGGUGCUAGUACUGUUGAUCGAACCUUUCUUGCUCCAAUUAAACUUGCCAAUGGCACAAACAUUGAGGGUAGAUCAAUUACUCCACUCUACAUGGAAAACAGUUUACGCCCCUUAGUUCUAGCUAGUGAUGUUGAACUUGCAGGCAUUGCUGCAAAUUCUUCCGGGUAUUGCCUAGACAAUACUCUUGAUCCAAGCAAGGUGAAGGGGAAGAUAGUUUUGUGUUUGAGAGGACAAGGUGGAAGAGUGAUAAAAGGGUUGGAAGCUCAAAGAGCUGGUGCUAUAGCUUUUAUCCUUGGGAACAAUAAAGCUUAUGCAAAUGAUGUACCUUCUGAUCCUAAUUUCAUUCCAGCCACUGCAGUGAACUAUGAGAAUACCUUAAAACUUAUUCAAUAUAUUCAUUCUACCCCUAAUCCAAUGGCACAACUUUUGCCCGGAAGAACAGUGUUAGAUGCCAAACCAGCACCUUCCAUGGCAAUUUUCUCUAGUAGAGGUCCCAAUAUAAUUGACCCUAAUAUUCUAAAGCCUGACAUAACAGCUCCUGGAGUAGACAUAUUGGCAGCAUGGACAGCUGAAGAUGGACCUACAAGAAUGACAUUUCAGGAUAAACGAGUUGUAAAGUACAAUAUUUUUUCAGGAACUUCAAUGUCUUGCCCUCAUGUUUCUGCUGCAGCUGUUCUUCUCAAAGCCAGGUACCCUACUUGGAGUCCUGCUGCUAUUAGGUCUGCCCUCAUAACUUCAGCAAGAUCAACAGACAACACAGGAAAUCAAAUGACAGAUGAAACUGGAAAAUCUACAACACCAUUUGCAAUGGGAUCAGGCCAUUUCAAUCCCAAAAGAGCAUCAAAUCCAGGACUCAUUUAUGAUGCAUCCUACAAUGACUACCUUCUUUACCUUUGUAAUCUUAACUCAACAAACAUUGCAUAUAACUGUCCAAAUCAAGAUCCUGAACCAUUUGAUCUCAACUAUCCAUCAAUACAAAUCAAUAAACUCAAUUACACAAAAACUAUAAAGAGAACAGUGACAAAUGUUGGUAGGAGCAAAAGUGUUUACAAGUUUAUUGCUAAUCCACCAAAGGAAUUUACCAUUAUAGCCACUCCAAGUGUUCUGAAAUUUACACAUGUUGGUCAGAAAAGGAAUUUUGUCAUCACAGUGACAGGGAAUAGAGAACAGUUACCAAAUAAAAGUGAUUCUGAGAAGUACUAUUUUGGAUGGUAUACUUGGACUGACAAACAUCAUGUUGUGAGAAGUCCAGUGGCAGUGUCUUUUCAGUAAUAAAGAAAUCAUAGUAUUCUUGUACUCAUUAAUUUGUUUACUCUAGUGUUUGUUUGUCCAAAGGACAAAUUAUUGAAGAGUUAUUAGAGAGAAUGAGUGACAGGAUCACAAUAAAUAGAUAGGAUAAAGAUUAUUGGAAAUGAUGGUAGGACAAAAUCAUGUUUUCUAGAUGUGAAAUAUGUUAUAUGAGCUUGCAUAUCAUGCAUUGUUUGGGUUUGGGCCCAUCAUUGAUUUUUCCUUGCCUUGUGAAUGGAGGUGUUUAUAAGAUUUUUAUUAAAGUUUAUAUUGUUGUUUGAAAGAUAUACAGCUGUAAUUUUAGAAGUAAUUUUCAAUUAAUAGAAAUUGUCCUCAUUAAGCACUUAUGAAUAAGUGAUUAA